GCGAAGGAAGUCACAGUUUGCAUAGGGUUUCUCUCCUUCCUGCCCAAGACGAACAAGCACACCACACAAACCCACACCCCCUGCGGAAUUCACAAACCCACAAAAAUUCCGAGCAAGAUAAAUCCUCUCGAAAAAUCGGCGCCCCGAAUCCCUUCGCAAGAGCUUCCCGAAUCCCGCGAAUCCCCGCGAGAUUUCCCAAUCCUCCGCCGCCGCCGCCUUCCGCAGAUUUCACGGCGAGACCCAUCGACAACACCGUACGCAGAGUGGUCGCCCGCCCGCCGAGGCGCUCUAUCCCAGCCCGAGCAGCCUGCCUCCUGCUUGAUCAAUCUUCUCUCUUCCCACCGAGUCCUGACCUACAAACAAACCGUGCCCUAGAGCCGCCGCCGCCGCCGCCGCGCCGUACCCUAGCGUCACGGCUGAGGCCUCAAUCCCGCACGCCCGCCUCUCACGCGCGUGGCCGCCAUCGCCGUUCCCGUCCUUCCUCGUCGGGACAUCGCGUUCUUGCUGUCUCCACCCCGUCUGCAGUCUUUAGCCAUUGGGGUUUGAGGUAUGAGCUUGUUAUCAUCCAGCGGUUAGUUAAAUCCCACUGACCUUCACAACAUCUGGGUGUGCCGCUGCACCCACGGCACACCAUCUAGAUCCGCCCCUCGGGGCUAGGCUUUGGUGGUCUCGGCUUCGCCCGAGUGGAGACUGGGCGCGGAACUGCGGAUGUGCUGUUGAAUCGUGUGUAGGCACCACCCUGAGUGACUGACUAGGACUAGGAGUGAAAGGUAGUUGUGGUGGUAGUAGUGGUGGUGGUUUCAUUGCUGUGCCGGACCGGACGUCGCUGCUGGGGCGCGUAGAUGGUGAACGGCGCCUGCUGGCAUGGACCGAGGUGAGCCCUCAUUGAAACCAGAAUGGCUGGUGCGCGGGGUUGCCACACCGACAGUAGCUGCCACAGGCUUCCGGCCAGGAACAUCACCCCGUGCAGAUGAUCAAGACAGGGGUGCUUCAUCAAGAAACCGAUCUUCAGGCCGUGAUCGUGAACGGAGCUCCCAACAGUCCUCUUCCCGCAGGGGUUCUGGCCCAAGUGUGUCCAGACGGCAUGACCGGGAUGGCACAGUGAAGUCAAGAGGGUAUGCUAGUUUUGGAAGGAGCAACAGGGACAGGGGUUGUGACAAGGAUUCUGAUUUCCGUGAUUGGGAGAGUAGAUUGGGUCUUGCAGGUGACCCACUGCGUGAUGGCUUUGGGCCCUUUAACUCAUGCAGACCCGAAAGCGAUAGGUUUAAUCGUAUUCGUCCAAAGUUGGACACAUUGAAUCGAGCAUCUGGAGUAAGUUUGGACAAUGGUAAUCUAUCUAGAAAGGAUGCUGGCGGCAUGUCCUUUGAGCGAGAAUUCCCACACCUUAGUUCUGAGGACAACAAUGGAAAACAUGAUGUAGUUAGAGUUCCAUCUCCUGGAAUUGGCUCCCCAAUUCAGAGCAUACCAUUGGUUACCGCGCCUGAUGGCUGGAACUCAGUGCUAGCAGAAGUCCCUGGACUUAGUGAGCCAAGCAAUACCCAGACCUCUUCUGCUUCAUCACGUGCUGGUUCCAGUCAGCAGCUUGUAGUGUCGAACUGUGGGACUGCUUUAAGCAUGGCUGAAACAGUAAUGCAGACUCCAUUAAAAAUUUCCACCACACCUCAGCUAUCGAUUGACGCUCAGAAGAUUGAAGAAAGAACUAUGAGGCAGUGUAUUCUAAGACCUCUGACGCCUUCAUCAAACAAAAAUUCUGUAUCUACUUUGUCAGAUAGGUUAAAAACGAAAGGUGCAAGAGCUGGGGAUUCUAAUGGUUCUAUCAAAACUGCACCCCAACUGUCAGCACAGUCUUCCAGUACCUCUGUUCGUACUCCAGUCAAAUCUGAGGUUGCCAAGCCAUCUCAACCAGGAUCCUUUCAAGUCCUGACCCGUGAGCAGAAUGGUGCUGCAAAUACCUCAAAAGACUCCACUAGCAAUCCUUUAAGCCCUAUUCUAGGUCGAUCUUCUUCAGUGGAACCACUGAAAAAGCCCCUUCUCAACCAAAAGCUUAAAGGUGUCAUAAAUGGCCUCCCUUUGCAAUUACAACAAGGUCCAUCUGGUGAGAGAAAAUCAAUAACAAAAGCCAAGCAUAAAUUCUUUGAGUUUCUGCGGAGCAAGUCUUUAAAUGGUUCAAGCACGGGUAUUGAGUCCUCAUCUAGCUUGAUUAAUGAACAGAAGAACCCGUGUCUUGAUUUAUCCUUGUUUGAUGCUGGAAUCAAGUGUAUUGAGACUGGAAGUAGUUCUUGUGAGGACGCAAAUUCUUGUGAUGGGUCUCAGCGACACCUCUCUGACAAUGAGGAAACAAAGGCAUCUUUGGAACCUCUUGAUGUUUCUUAUCGUGGGUCCCAUGGGGUUGCAGCUGUCAAGAAUACCAACUCUUUAUCAGAUCAUGGUGAUGCCGAAAAUGGAUCUAUGGCGCCUCAGGCAGACAAGGCUGAAGCUACUCUGGCCAUUAUGGCAGCAGAUAUAAAUGAUGGUUCCGCAAAGGCAGACUCCAGCUAUGGUGAUGCCAGUUUGUUGUUUGUGCCCAUUGUAGCUGGGGAAGAGGAAUCAUAUCCUACUGAAGAUGAACCUAGUCCAGAAGAAAUGGCUUUCCUGAAAUCUCUUGGCUGGAAAGAAGACGAAGUAGUUCCGCCUCUGAAACAGGAAGAGAUAGCUGAUUGUUUAAGGCACAACGUGAGGCUGCAGCAGAAGCUUGAGGAAUGCAGGGGCUAAUGACAGGGCUCAUCAACCAAAGUUUGUCACGGCGCUGAGAACUUGUGGGAAUCAAGCUGUAUUUUGUGAUGCCAUGGGACGAUUGUGUCUAGCUUAACAAAUCGAGAUGUUUUAGUUAACUUCAGCUCUAUGGGAGUUGUCAUGCUUAGACCGAUGUUUUUCCCUGCUGAAAAGAGGGUUGAGGUUUUUCUUCAUUUUCCCAGAAGGAAUACCGAAUGAUAAAAGCAUGUAUGGUGUUGGAGGCACAUAGAGGUGCUCAGAAAGAAUAUAGGUUGUCUUCUUUUUUAUACUUCUCAUGGCUUAUCCUUGUUUCAGAAAGAAAGGAAAAGAAUAGGUUGUCUUCUUUUUUAUA